UUUCUAUCUCUGGGUACGGUUUCGUAAAAUACCAUGGAAAUGGCACGAUGGCAACAAUGUUUUGUAAUAGCGGGUACUAUGCAGACAUCACCGAGUUCCAUUGCAUAGACGGGCAAUGGUCACCUUCAGUUGCAGAUUGUCAAAGGAUAUGUCCCGACCUGGCAGUGUCUGGUGGCUAUAUAGCCUUCAACUCGGAUCAAAACGUUGGAACAUUGAUUUGCAACCAUGGAAUGUAUUCGAAUGUGACCACAUUUCAUUGCGAGAAUAGAACCUGGUCACCCCCAGAUGCAGUUUGUCUACCAAAUUGCCCCCUUUUGGACUCUUCAAACGGUUACGUGGCAUAUCUUGAAAAUGGAAUGGUUGGUACACUGUUAUGUAAUAUCGGGUACUAUGCGGACAUCACCGAGUUUAAUUGCAUAGACGGGAACUGGUCACCUUCAUUUGCAGCUUGCCAAUCAAAUUGUCCAGAACUAUCAGUGUCUGGUGGUUCAUUAUCCUUCAACUCAGAUCAAACAGCUGCAACGUUGAACUGCAACCACGCGCUAUAUUCGAAUGUCACCACAUUCCAUUGCGAGAAUAGAACCUGGUCACCACAGAAUGCAGUGUGCCUUCCGUACCCGCCACUGAAUAUUACGGAUGUGCGCCUCGUUGGCGGACCCGACCCUAACGUAGGCCGAGUGGAAAUAGCCGUGGACGGCGUAUACGGAACUGUUUGUGAUAGCUCUUUUGACUAUAUUGAUGCAGAUGUUAUUUGUAAGACUCUUAAUACAAGCUACAGAGCGUCAGUCUAUUUCACUGACGCCAUAUACGGAGAAGGGUCCGGUCCCGUGCACAUUGAUCAGCUUCUUUGUGAUCAUCCCGAUACUUCCCUUGACCAAUGUAUGUACGUAACAAAUAACCAAUGCGGCCAUAACAGGGAUGUAUCUUUGCUCUGCAAUGGUCGGCCGCUUGGUAUUCAGGAAAUACGACUUGUAAACGGAAGUAAACCUUCUAACGGCAGAGUAGAGAUCAAAGUGUUUGACACAUGGGGCACAAUUUGCAGUGACAACUUUGGAACGGAGGAAGCCAACGUUAUAUGCAAAAUGAUAGGCUACCCGUAG